UGUUUUUUUUACGGAGCCCUCCUGGGGACAUGAGGAUUUUUUUCCCCCUCUCAUGUCCCCUGGAGGGCAUUUAGACAUACCAGCAUUGUGCUCAUGCCUCAUUGAUCACAUUUAUUCAUUUUAUGUUUCUUGACUUUGUAUUGGCUUCUACUCAUCUGUAUUUCUGAAACUUUGACCUGCUCAAAAACAGGCUUUUAAGUUUACCUUAGUAAGACUGUCUGGUUUUGGUUCAGCUCAUGAAUGAGUACUUCAGGUUACAGUUUUUUUGUUUUUUCCCGAGUCGUUCUGCAGUUUUGUUUGAUUAUGGUGCAGUUUGAGCCGUUGCCUAAAGGGGGCGCCAAACAACAUUUUGAAAGCCUCGAUUUUAAUCAAGGGACAGAAGCUAAAACGACUGCUGAAAGUUUGCGGCGAUAAACUAUUCUAGAGUUCCGGUUAUUUUCAAAAAUAAGAUUACUAGUAGUUUGCAACUAUAACUGAGUUUUCUUGCAGCUUCCAUCAAAAACAUUUGUGCCGCUCUAAUUUUAAAACAUUUAGAAUGCGUACACAAUAAAAGUGAUCAUCUCCUUUGAGAGUCGUAAAAAGCCUGUUUUUUUUUGUUUUUGUUUUUUUUGCAUUUGUGCCCAUCUCGUUUCUACGUGUUUCUCUUUUUUAUAGUUACAUUUAACUUAUCAAUGGUCCCAAUUAAAAACGUAUUUACGGGGGAGGAUUUAAUUUGUCCAUGACGUGUCCAUUUGUUUUAUUUUGAAGAUAAUUUUAUAGUGAUUCUAGUUCCGGUUUCUGAAACAUUAGCAACGAUGGACGAUUUUAUGAGUGAAGAUAAGACCACGUUCAUUGUCGAAGAAGUGAGCAAGAUCAUAAAAGAUUCUGUAGAAACGGUGAUAGGAGAAAACUCCUACAAGCACGGCAGAGUGAACCAGUGGACCACCAGCGUGGUGGAGCAGUGCCUCAUUCAGCUCAGCAAGCUGGAUAAGCCGUUCAAGUUCAUCGUAAACUGCAUCAUCAUGCAAAAGAAUGGAGCAGGGCUGCAAACAGCCAGCACCUGCUUCUGGGACAACACUACUGAUGGAAGCUGCACAGUGAGAUGGGAAAACGACACUAUGUAUGUCAUCAUCAGCGUCUUUGGGCUGGCCAUCUAAAACUAAAGCAUAAUUAAAACUCCGUUAAAUUUUCUUGUUUUACACAAAGUAGAAUGUUGGAUGAAAUUUUAUGAAAUGUUAUUUGUAUAAGUGCAAUUAAACAACCUUAAUAUGUCUG